GGAGGAGGAGGAGGAGGAGGAGGAACAGAGCCGCUGGUCAGGCAGCCAGGCUGGCGGAGAACCAGCAGUUAGAGAAGAACAGACGUCUUGCUCCUCGUCUGCCGCUGAUGGUUUCAUGUUGAAGAGGAGGAAAACGGCCACCGUUUGUCACCCCGGAGCGGAAUCAAGUCACCUAUCGGAGCAGGAUGAGUACUCCAUGCUGUGUUUCACAGUUGGCCUGUUGCUGCGGCACGGCAGCCUGCUCCUGCUGCUGUAACUGCUGCCCAAAGAUUAAACAAUCCACUGGGACCAGAUGUAUGUAUGCCCUCUACUUCCUGCUGGUCACCGUCAUCUGUGGCAUCAUGAUGUCCCCCACCGUGGAGCAGGCGAUGAAAGAUAAUAUCCCCUUCUACAGUGAACUGUGUGAGAAAGUGAAUGCAGGAGAAAACUGCAAGACUCUGGUGGGAUACUCUGCCGUCUAUAAAAUGUGCUUCGGAAUGGCGUGCUUCUUCUUUUUCUUCUGCAUCCUCACCCUUCGGAUAAAGAACAGCAUAGGCUGCAGGGCGGCCAUUCAUAAUGGAUUCUGGCUGCUGAAGUUUAUCGUCCUGGCAGGUUGUUGUACUGGAGCCUUCUUUAUUCCACAGGAGGAAACCUUUCUGGAAGUUUGGCGCUACAUCGGAGCUGCAGGUGGAUUUUUUUUCCAGCUCAUCCAGCUCAUGCUGUUGGUGCAGUUUGCACACAGAUGGAAUACAAACUGGUCAAUUACUCCUGGGACUUCAGGAGUGAAGUAUAACCGUAUGUGGUACGCAGCGUUGGCCUUGGUGACCCUGAUUCUGUUCAGCAUCGCAGUGGGGGCUGUGAUCUUCAUGGGCGUGUACUACACCCACCCUGAGGCCUGCUUGCUUAACAAGAUCUUCCUGGGCAUCAAUGGAGGCCUUUGCCUUAUUAUCUCCAUGCUCGCCAUAUCUCCUUGCAUACAGAAGUUGCAACCUAAAUCAGGGCUUUUGCAGCCCGGGGUCAUCAGCGUGUAUGUCAUGUAUCUCACCUUCUCAGCUUUCUCCAGCAAACCAAAAGAAAUGAUUGAAAUAGACGGCCAAAACAAAACUGUGUGCGUGUUUCCCUUCAACUCGGGGUCAGAAAGCGACAAGAAGAUCGUCACAUCUUUAGGGGCUGUGAUCCUGCUUGCCUGCAUCCUUUACUCCUGUUUAACAUCGACCUCUAAGCGCAGCUCUGCAGCGCUCCGAGUCUAUAGGACCAGCGAGCCAGAAACUGAGAGAGCUCGCUGCUGUUUCUGCUUCGGAGAUGACACAGACGAUUAUGAAGAGGACAAUACCACCUCGGGACAGAGCGUGGUGUACGAUGAAGAAGACGGAACCAUCUAUGGCUAUUCCUUCUUCCAUUUUGUCUUCUUCCUGGGCUCUCUUUACGUCAUGAUGACUGUCACCAACUGGUUUCAUUACGACAACCACAGGAUUGAGCAGCUGCUGGAGGGGAGCUGGUCUGUGUUCUGGGUCAAAAUGGUUUCCUGCUGGGUUUGCCUCUUCCUCUACAUGAUGACCCUCGUCGCUCCCCUGAUGUGUCCGCAGCGCUUCGAGGCUUAGGUCACUCAUCAUUGCACUUAUGUCAACUUGUGUUCAGAUGGCUAAGGGACCACCAGAACCCCCCCAUCUUACCUUAAAACACAACCCUACACUACCUUCAACAUUCAAAGUGAAGGAUCAUCUGUUGCCUUUUUCCUUUUAUCUGUUACAACUUUUGCUUUGCAACGUUAAGCUGGUAAUACCUUGAUGGUGAUUUUAAUUGUUUUAAUACCACUGACUAGUCUUUGUAUUCCUUAAAGGUCUGAAGUUACAUUAACAAUGUUUGCAGUUGCGUUACAGUCAAAACUUUGAGCCUUUGUAGAUUCUCCAAAACACAUGUAUUAUUAUUAUUAUUAUGUAUUAUUUGUACUUUUUUUUUUUUUUAUUUCAUUGUCUUUUCCUUUAUAAUCAAAGCCAGAUGCUUUAGUUCUGUGAAAUCAAACCAACAAGCUGUAGCAACGUUUUUUAUGUUUUGGGAAAAAUUUUGUUGAAGAAAUGCUACAGAGGGUGAUGUAUUUAUUUAAUCCUAAAAGAACUGUGGUGUAAACUGGACUGGUUUGGCCUCUAACAACGUUUAAAAAAAAAAAGUUUCUCAGGCUUAUAUUUAAGCUCUGUGUUGGUGAUUUGUUAUAUAUUGUGUCUUUUGUAGUUUUCUAUGCAACAGAACAAGUUGUUAUUAGACACCUGCUGUCGUGAAGUUUCCAUUUAAGUCACAAGGGUAAAGUUUUAGUAUCGCCAGUGCUCCCUUUGAGCCAAAUCUUUCUUAAAGAAAUCCAUCUCAACUGUGUUUUGUUUUUUUUUCCACUCAUGCGUUGCAGUAGGUUUUAAAUCAGACAGUAAAGUGCCACCUCUCUGGAAGAGCUCCACCGAAUCCACACUGCAUUUGCCAAAGGUAGCUUGACAGAACUGCUCAUGUUGUCUGUUGGGAAAAAGGAUCAAAAUGAACUGUAUUUCCUGAAUCAUUGUUUUAUUUUCAUUAAACAGGUUCAGAAUAAAUAAAU